ACCUUCCAGCUGCCUUCAUCUCUAAGUCGUGUGAUCUUCAAAGCUUGAGAAUCAGAUUUCACUAUCCUACUUGGAUGCUCGAAUGCAUCGAUUUGCAUGGUCUCUUUGUGACUGGUCCUACUAAGAUGUCCCUCGUCUUCUCCGAGUGGUUCAUAGAACAUGCUUCAUGAAAUGGCAGCUUACAGGUGUUUGCAUAAUGCGACGUAGGGAAACAUCUUGCCCUCUAAUAACGUUUAUUAUUCUACGCCUUUUGAGUGUUGUUCUUGUCGUCAUAGGACAGGCUACGAAACCCCAUGAGCUCGCGAGCGGUUAACUUUGUCAGAAAUGGACUGCGCCUGGUCUUCCGGCUGCACUGUUUUUUCUUUCUCGCAUACUAGAUCGUGUUGCCAUGAGCAAUUACAAGGCAUCGCUGGAGUGAUAAAAGGGGAAGCGCAAAGUCCACGGCCUUGCAUUCUCCCUCGAUAUACUUCAACUACCAUGGUUUCAGCCAGAAGCCUUCCUCCCGCUGCCGUACGAGCCAUCCUCGGAUAUCUUAAUGACUCUAGGAGUGCCCUAAUCCUCUAUUCGCUUAUUUCCCAAGCAUGGCGAACAGAAGCUCGACAUAUAUUGUUUUCCUCGAUUCACCUUAAUCCUUUCAACUGUCCGUCCGGUGCCAACACGCGGUUGCAGGAACUUGAUCAAUUACUUUCUAGUUGUCCGAAAAUGUGCCCAACGGUAACCAACUUGGCCGUAAACGGCAUCGAUAGGCAAUCCGGGAAGCCCUCUGUUCUUCAUAUGGAUGUCCUUACGAGCAUCCUAGCAAACCUUCCCAACCUCAGUGGGGUUUCCAUUGCUCAUUUCCGAUUGGAAUCGUCCAAUAGAGAUAUUUCCCUACCUCGCCGUCUUAAGCUUGAUCACUUUGAAAUCUGCAAUGUGUGCGGGACCAACUCGAACUACGAACUCACGGCUUUGGGUGACAUCUUGAAACUCAUCAAUGAGGUUCAAGACAUGUACGUCACCUUCGAACAAGACGUGCAAUCGCCUCCUGUUGCGGAGAAACACACGCUGGAAGCCUACGUUGGUGAACCUCACAUCUUGUCCAUUCGAAAUCUCGAGAUAGAUUCGUCCAUCCCUCUCGCUCCAUUCAUUUCUGUGCUUCAGAAAUUGCUUCGUAAAAACACGCUUGUCCGCGCAGAGCUAAGACUGGUGGAUGCUCUCGAUCUAGCCGUUGCAGCCCCCUUACUUCGAGAUGGUGCCACCAAGAAUGUCAUGUUCUCUUGGGCAUCGAUACAAACCGACAGACAUCCCAAUAUCCCCAUAAAGCGGCAACUUCAAGCACUGGGCCUAUCAAUGUACCCCUUGCUCGAGAAUGUCGGCAUUGUGGUUGGAGGGACGGGCCGUGCCACUCAAGCCGACAUUUUUAACUAUUUCCUAAACGCCUUUGAUCUCAUCAGCACCCUGCCCAAGAGUGUCAAAUCUGUCGGUCUACAACUCGAAGAUGAUUGGGAAGUCGAGGGGAACCAGAUUAUUGCUGGGCAGUUCCAUUUUCAGGAAUUAAUGGAACAACUUGGACCUCAUCUGAAAACAUUGGAUAACGUCCUCUGCCAAUCACCGAAACUGGAGCGUUUCAUCCUCAGCUACGUCAUACGGCGUAGAAUCGACCGUGAUAAAGCGGUUCGAGAGGAUACGGAUUCCGAUGUGGACAUGGACAUGGAUAUCGCCGGGGAAUGUGAUGCAAGUGAUGGUCGGGAUCCACAGGAUGACGACGAUGCGAUGUCUGAGGGUUCAACCAUAUGGGAACGUGAGGUGUCGAAGAGGCUUAGGAUUGUCACCAAGCGCGUAUGGGACUCAGAAGAAUCGAACGAUGAGCAAGAAGGAGGUCCACAUACAGAUAUGACGGAGCUCCAGGAGUUCCUAGAGGCCAGGAUGCCAUACUCGGCUGCACGGCAGCUGAUUGUGGUGUCGGACUGUGAUUUGAAGGAGCUCGAAUUUGAAGUAUGAACCUACAGAGUAGAGAAGUCAUGUAUUCGGCCCGGCACUACGAUAUUGCAAACUUCCAGGCAAUACGAGGAUAUUGAGCGUCCGUCGUUGUUUAUUUCAUGUUUUGCAAGUUACAAGAAUAACUACAAUACCCAGUUCGGUCCAUAAGAAUACACCAGGAUGGUAUAA